UAUGAGCAGCUACAACCACCCGAACGUCAACAGUGUGCUCGAUAAAUAAUCACUAGUUCUCAAAAUAAAUAACAAAAUCUCAGUGUUGAAUAAUAAAAUUUAUUUUUAUUUUUUGAAUCCUAUAAAAACUCGCGGGUGUCUGAUAAAAACUUGAUAGUUACAAGCCCCCAGUUCUCAGUGUUUAUCAGUCCAAGAGCUCAGAAGACAAGAGAGAGAGCCGACGAGGAAACCAAGGACACAGUACGUGAAAAGAGAAAGGACUAGACACGCCUGACGAUGGAUUACGGUGGUGAGGCUGUAAGCUGAGUUAAUUAAAGUCUAAUGAAAGUAGACAAGCGUCACACACGAUGAUAAAAUGGAUGAAGAUGACGUCGAGAGAGGUAUUAGAUAUUCCAAGACGGAAGUGCCAAGCUGUUGGAGUAAUAGCGGUGGAGGUUUUAGUCGUCGGGUUAGCGAAAUAAGUAACGAUGUAGACUCUGGCGCCUUGGCGAUCACCGUAGUCUCCUGUCAGUGAUAUUGCCGGUGGGUUGUGAGCCGAGUAGUCAACUCAAAGGUAACCGGAGAAAGGAUAAGAGGAUAAGAGGACGAGAAAGUAAAUAGCCGAGGGGACCUGGAGAAAAAGACGUGCCACAGAGCCGAAGACUACGGCGACCGAGACUAGGGAUAAGACGGCAGAGGGUGAAGGCUCACGCAGAAAAUCGCCGAGAGAUGAGCGAUUUACAGGCCACCCUCGAGUUCUCCCUCGAGCUUUGCAAAUUCUACAAUGUUGAUCUCUUUCAACGCGGGUACUAUCAAAUACGAACAGCCCUCAGGGUAUCACCUAAACUGCCAAUUAAAGUGGAAGUCGAUCAACUUCGUAAUCAUAAACGUACGUUAGACAACAUGGAACCGCCGGGAACGAGCAAACGUUUCCAGAUACUUUACAGAAACGAGGAAGUAACCCUGGGAACUUCGGUCCUCUUUCGUGCUCACGUACUCGUGCACAGUCACAAAAUCGAAGAGGUUCUUUCCCGGACUCACUUCAAUCUCAGCGUCGAGCUCUGGUUCAGCGAGCCCACCCAGCCAGGAAAUAUGGCAUGUGUGUCAUCAAGAGCAUUGCAGUUAAAUUUCGUACCAACAAAGGGGCUUCACUAUCAUUUACCGGUGCUUUUUGACUACUUUCAUCUGGCCGCGGUAUCCAUUGAAAUCCACGCCUGUCUUGUAGCACUUCAUCAGCCAUUCGUUAAAAAGAGUAUACUUCACUAUGUACAAAGCUGCGCACCGAGGAGUGGGAAACCCUGGUUACAAUUCAAACAGCCGACGGCUAAUGGCGCAGACAGUACUGCGUUCUUGAACAUUGAAACAACGACGAGAUGUGUAGGAUCAGCAGCGCGAACACAACACGCGCGAGCGACGCAGCGCGAAGUGACGCGAAUAUUAUUAACAGCUCGUGAAAAUCUGCUGAAUGACAUCGCAGACUUGGCAAGACUUUUACCAUCCAGAGAGCAGCGAGAUCUGGAAAUCGCUGAGCGCAAGCACAAAGAGGCAUCAAAAAUAAUUGACAGCGACGACAUAGAUAUCGCACAACUUUGCGCCCAGAAUAUCGUGCUCUGGAACAUUUUUUUGGAUGCGUUUACACGUCAGGAGGCCGUUCACCAGCAUCUUGCCCGAAUCCAUCAUCAGCUACGCGUUAAACGUUUCUCCGAAGGGUUCUUUGUCCUCGAGAACCCAAGAACAUCAGCAGCAGGUUGCUACGACGCAAAUUAUCAAUCUUAUCAAGCGGUGAGCGAGGCAGCAAGGAGAUCACGUUACUUGGCGGCUCUGCCACCUCUACCAGUUCAUUGUCCUGAAUUAGACGGCGACCUUCACUCACUGCCUCUAAUAUUCGAAGACAAUUAUGCCGACAUGCAACAGAGACACCGCAAUAGCGUUCCCAGUAUAGAAGACUGCAGCUGUGGGAUAUCAGCGAUUCUGGAAUCUCGAGGCUCGAGCGUAUGGUCACCCCGCAGUGAGGGAGCAGCUCAAGACAUAGCGUCGAUCCAAGCCCGGCUGUCACUCGCCCCAGCGUCGCUUCCAGCUCGACACAGCAAAUCCCUGGAUCAACUGGGACCAGAAAUACCGAGCCAGCAGCCACGGACGUCCCCUAAGACACUUCCGAGGUCUGCGUCGACACAAUUAUUCCCCCGGCAACGGUCAGCAGCCCGUAAUCAGACGCCACCGACCUCGGUGCCAUCAAAAGGCCGGUCACGCUCCCAGGCGCCGCUCCACACAACCCGCAGCACAACGCUCUUUCCUCCUUCGGGUCAGCAGCAGGCUUUCUCCGCGCCGAACCCAUCUCUAGGUUCGACACCAGUGAUGCCACUGCCAAGAGCUAAAUCGACCCAAAUGCUGGUGGCUAAUUCAUGUAAUGAGUACAUGCAGCCGUCAACAUCAAUAACGUCACUGCUAGCAGCGAUGUUUCCAGAACUUCCACCAAAUGGACACUUUCCAGGCUAUCGACCGUCUUCUAAUAAAACCUGUGAGUUCGGUAUUCCCUCGUGCAACUUUGACUUUAAUAAUCAAUUGGCCUCGUUCGAUAAUAAUAAUAAAGAUUCCACGAGCACCAACUCAAAUUCAAACGCUAACCAACACGACUCGAGACGAAUAAGACUGGAACCUCGGAGCCACAGACUAUUUCCACUAGACAAGUCUGUAAAUAUUCCCAAUGGUGAUCCAAUCAAUGCUUCUGCAAACAACAUGCGAUCUGCAACCCUGGAUCGCGUGACUUACCGCGGCAACCAUCGGAAACAGCCCGAAAAGGCAGCCACCGCGGAGAAUAGGAGGUAUCACACUCUAGGCAGGACUGCGGGGCAUCCGGAGAGGGUCAAAUCCCAGGAUUUUCUCAACACUUUAAAUGGAGACGCGCAGAGCCACUCGCUUCUGGUGGAUCCCCUCAACAAGAGAUUCAGUGGAGUCUACGGUGGAGUGACGGUCGACACUUUUUUCUACAGGACCAAUGGAACCACUAAUAGCAAAGUUUCCGAGAGACCUAGAAGACCCAAAAGUACUGAAAGGCUGUUUGAUGUCGGUCGUGUGGACUGUUGCCAAGACAAGGAUAUUUAUGAGCGAGACCGCUGGAGAACGGAUGCAGAUAAAUCUAAUAAGAGAAUGGAGAAGAAUAUUAAGGUGGAAAAGGAACCAGUUUAUGAAGUUAUUGCUUUGAUGAUCGACACAAAGCCCGCGGAGGAGCGAAGAAGAGGCCGCAGGCCGCACUCGGCACCGGCUAUCGACGGUGAACUAAAAGAAGAAGGAUCUUCUGGCUCUAAUAGUAAUAACAAGAGGUGCCAGCAUCGUGCCCGAAAGCCUCCACCCCCUCCGCCGCCUUCAGUACCACCGCCUUAUGACGAAAAAGACUCAUUGCCGUUGCCUCUGCCCAAGUAUCGCGGGGCUCAAGCGAUGACGAGCGUCCUGGAGGUGGAGAACAACAACCAGAUCAUUUUGAAAAUUGACGGGGUCGACACCAAUGGCCUGGUCUCUUCGACGUCCGACGAGUCUCCGUCACCGGGGGUGCCGGAGCCAAAUGCCAAAAGACUGAGAUGUGCUAGUGUUCCAGUGGCGCAAAAUAAAAUGGUUGUGCCCAGGAGCGCGGUUUCGUUGCCUUGUAUGCCUAUUAGAGAUAGCAAAGAGACUCUGGGUGUUGAUUUAGUCGCCGUUGGUCCUCCUAGUCCGCCUUCUUCGAGACCCAGCAGUCCCGCAAGCAGUACAGACUCUAAUAAUCUUACUUCUGAGUGCUCUGGGUGGGUCAGUAGCGGCGAUACCUCUAGUUCUGAACAAAAGCGCAAAGAAGAAAAAAAAAUAAAUUUGAAUAAAAUCCCAGUGAAGAAGGAGAAGAAAAGUAAUAAAACAAAGAGCCGGGAAAAAACAACAGAACAUUCUUAUGAAGAAGUAAGACUGCCACCACCAAAGAUGUUUCAAGACGAACCUCCGCCUCCGGAGGCAUUCAGAGACCCGGCUCCAGUUCCAAUGGUUGAUAAUCCGCUUUAUCACGUCUACGAGACUGUCAAGCGAGCCAGGAGUCCGAAGCAAAACAAAACCGCGCCGUGCAGUCCCCAGAGAAGCCGCGACAGAAUUGAAAGGGAGCGCGAAAACAGCGUGUAUUCCUCAAGAGACUUUUGUCUUGACUGCUACCAAGAAGGCAAAGAGCUUCUCCAGUCGACUCAGGACGACGCGAUUAAUUUCAAAAAGUGCAAAGAAGAAUUCAAGAGGCAGAUGAGCUUUUCUGGAAAAAUGUACAGAUUUUUCCAAUCAAAUUGCAGCGACUACACUGGGGUGGCGAGCAGUCUUCCGUAUUUUAAUAUCAGCGAUGAGUACAGAAUAUUUUCACCAGAAGGUCCCCAUCUUAUUAUUUGCGUUCAUGGCUUGGAAGGCAAUGCCGCUGAUUUGAGGCUCGUUAAAACUUACCUCGAGCUCGGGUUACCUGGUGCUCAUUUAGAUUUUCUUAUGUCUGAACGGAAUCAGGGUGAUACAUUUUCGGAUUUCGAUACAAUGACUGAUCGACUUGUCGAGGAGAUCCUCCACCACAUAGACACGUCAGGACUAAACCCCACGAAAGUAAGUUUCAUCGGACACUCACUGGGGACCAUAAUAAUUCGGAGCGCAUUAACAAGGCCGCAGCUGAGGCCACUGCUGCCAAGACUCCACACAUUUCUCAGUUUGAGCGGACCACAUCUAGGGACACUCUACAACACAAGUGGACUCGUCAAUGCCGGCAUGUGGUUCAUGCAGAAAUGGAAAAAAUCCGGCUCCCUGCUGCAGCUCGCGAUGAAGGAUUCAUCAGACGUCAGAAGAUCCUUCAUGUUCCGUCUGAGUCAAAAGAGCAACUUGCAAAGAUUCAAACACGUGUUACUCUGCGGCAGCGCUCAAGACAGAUAUGUUCCGCUUCAUUCAGCGCGGAUCGAGUUAUGCAAAGCCGCCGUACGUGACCCAACUGACCAAGGUACCGCGUACAGAGAAAUGGUCCACAAUAUUCUUUAUCCAAUAAUGUCAGCUUCAGGUGUCAGUCUUGUACGUUACGAUGUCCAUCAUGCAUUACCACCAACGGCAAACGCAUUGAUUGGACGCGCUGCUCAUAUCGCCGUCCUUGACUCUGAAUUAUUUAUUGAAAAGUUCCUUCUUGUUGCGGGACUCAAGUACUUCAGAUAAGCCAUCAUUUAAUAAUAAUUAUUACAAUAAUUAAUUAAAUAAUUAUAAUAAUAAUAUUAACAUCACAAUGACCAUUGAA